UCUGCAGCUCCCCUCCCGGGAAGCGGGAGCGGGAGGAAGGACCCGGGCAGACGCCUCUCAUAGCAAUAUCUAUAUUUUUCCAGCCUGGGCUGCCCCUUGCCGGGCGGGGGGCUCCCUCCAGCGCUCCCGACAGCCGGCGAGAGGGCGAGCGCUGUGCUUAUUUCUUUGCAAGGAGACCUCUUCAGGCACCCCGAGCGGCGCUCCCCGGCCUUUUGCAAUAUAGAGGGGAAGCAGGCCAUGGUGAACCCCGGCGGCAGCGCGCAGCCGCCCCCGGUCACGGCGGGCUCCCUCUCCUGGAAGAGGUGCGCCGGCUGCGGGGGGAAGAUCGCCGACCGCUUCCUGCUCUACGCCAUGGACAGCUACUGGCACAGCCGCUGCCUCAAGUGCUCCUGCUGCCAGGCCCAGCUGGGGGACAUCGGCACCUCCUGCUACACCAAGAGCGGGAUGAUCCUCUGCAGAAACGACUACAUCAGGUUAUUUGGAAACAGUGGUGCUUGCAGUGCCUGUGGACAGUCCAUUCCUGCUAGUGAGCUGGUCAUGAGGGCACAGGGCAACGUCUAUCAUCUUAAGUGUUUUACAUGCUCUACCUGCCGGAAUCGCCUGGUCCCCGGAGAUCGGUUUCACUACAUCAAUGGCAGUUUAUUUUGUGAACAUGAUAGACCUACAGCUCUCAUCAAUGGCCAUUUGAAUUCACUUCAGAGUAAUCCACUACUGCCAGACCAGAAGGUCUGCUAAAAGGUCAGAGUAAUGCAGAAUGCGUGCCUUCAUCUCAAAUUUUGUUCAUCACAGAUGGAUCCCAUGUCUCCAAGUAGACAAGUCACCUUUGUAGCUAGCAUCAAUGCCAGCUCCAUACCAUUGCACCUUCUUUAUUCUUGAUUGCCCUUCCCACAUUUAUUGGUGUAUUAAAAUGACUGAAUAUGAACAUUAAGGACUCCAUGAACCUGGGCUAAUGGGAGACUGUAGAGAAAAUGAAAAAAGAUCCACCGGAGGACAUCUUUGGGGGGGGUGGGUGGGGAAGAUGACUAAUGAAGCUAAUUAAAAGAAGCAUUGAAAUCUGCUUUCUACCCUCAUUAACAAUUAGCAGGGCACUGGCCAGUUUGUACCCUGUGUUUUACCUUAACAACAUUCUAUUUGCUCUUUGUAUAUUUAAGUGUUGUAAGGAAAUGUGUUUCAAUCAAACUGAACAUGAGAUAAAGAUGUGGCUUUUGUGAUAUUCUAUCACAAACACUUUUAUUGUAUCUCUGUAAAAUACAAUGUAUGUAUGCAUGUAAGUGUUUUUGUCCUAAUGUUGCUACUUCCCAUGGCAAAAAAAAAAAGAAAAAAAGAAAAAAAAAGUCAGGCUCAUAGCAGCUACUGUGUAGAAAUUUUCACCUACUUCUAAUUUGCUGAAUGAAGAAAAAUCUUUUAUUUGUGAUAUUUUCAGAGACAUUUGCUCUAGUAUGGUGUAUUUAAAUAAUAAAAAGUAAAACAAA